CAAAGUGAACCUCGGCUCCGUGGGGCUAAGCUUUGCCUGACAGGUAAGCUCUGCGGGGUAAAUUCCCCAUAUCCCAGUAGCCGGGUACGGAGCCUGCCGUCAUUUGUGUCUGACAGCUCCCCGUCCAGGGCUUGUUCUACUACGGGGAUACGUGUCAUCGACCAUUCAAUUGUAUGACACUUAGUUUACACGGCAAGUGGAUCCUAUGCUUACACACAAAGAUGUCGACUCGGUUUAAAUUGGCUUCUCAGUCCGGUUUUAAGUGUUCAGCUUACUAGCUUAGUAGCAUUCCUAAAAUACUAACGCUAACGGCGAACUAGCAACUUGUUAGCUGGCUAGCAACAGGGAUCCUCCCAUCCACUGUAAAGGCUAACAGGCGUUAGCAUAGCCCUCCCAUCAACUGGGUGAACGUAGUCUCUCCAGUGUAUUAUUGGCAUUUAAAUAAGAUAAACGCUUUAACUCCCACGUUGGGUUUCUUUAGGGAAUGCGAUGACACCGGGCUGGUUCUGUGCAUUUGUUCAUCACUGACUUGUAGCUUGCUUGCUCCAUUGUUUACAUGGGUAGCAGUCAUCCUGGGGGCUUCGUGGGCAUAUGCUGGUCAUAACAAGUCUGAGCCCAAGUACUUCUACUACUACUGUGGAAGCAUGGCAAUGGAGCUAGGAGGCAGCUAACGUCUGUAGACGACGUUAGCAGAACUCUACAGCCAACUGUGGACAAAAAUGCUGAUGAUGAGGGGUCUGAAGGACAGCUGCUGGACUGUUUGACUUUGUGGGUUGUUGGACAAAGGACAGGAGCUUGUUUGUCCAUAUUGAACCAUAAAGUUGGAUAAAAUUCCAUGAGGAUGAUGGGAAACAAACACUGCAGGGAACCAGGGAUCUUUUAUACCAAUGGGAUGAUGCUAAGGAUCCUACUGAUCACCAGUCUUUUUACUGGUUGGGCUAAAUGUCAAGAGAGCCAGAGCAUGACACCAGAGGAGAAGACUGUUAUCAGGGACCAGAUUAUUGAAAUGUUCGAUCAUGCUUAUGGAAGUUACAUGAAAUAUGCUUAUCCAGCAGAUGAGCUGAUGCCAUUAAGCUGUAAAGGGAGAGUUCGAGGGCAGGAGCCCAACAGAGGAGACAUAGAUGACUCUUUGGGCAAGUUUUCUCUUACUUUGAUUGACACCCUUGAUACUCUGGUGGUAUUAAACAAGCUUGAUGAGUUUGAAAAUGCUGUGCGGAAGGCUGUGAAGGAUGUACGCCUGGACAAUGAUGUGGUGGUGUCUGUGUUUGAGACAAACAUCAGAGUUUUGGGUGGACUUUUGGGGGCCCAUGUUAUGGCUGACCUGCUGCGUCAACGCGGGGAAAGGAUGCAGUGGUAUCAAGAUGAGCUACUGCACAUGGCCAAAGAGCUGGGCCAUCGAUUACUGCCUGCCUUUAACACCACAAGUGGCCUUCCCUACCCUAAGGUGAAUCUGCGAUAUGGGGUCCUAAACCCACUUUCCCGCACAGGCACAGAAUCAGAUACAUGCACAGCCUGUGCAGGAACAAUGAUCUUGGAGUUUGCUGCACUCAGCAGAUUGUCUGGAGAAUCUGUGUUUGAGGAACAUGCACGAAAGGCUCUGGAUGUCCUGUGGGAGAGGAGACAGAGGGGAAGCGACUUAGUAGGGACUGUCAUCAAUAUCCAUAACGGAGAAUGGGUCCGAAGGGACAGUGGAGUUGGUGCUGGUAUUGACUCAUACUAUGAGUACCUGAUGAAGGCAUAUAUUCUUCUAGGAGACAAUGUUUUUCUGGAGAGAUUCAACAUUCACUACAGUGCCAUUAUGAAAUACAUCAGUCAGCCUCCCCUGCUGCUAAAUGUACACAUGCACAAUCCCACUGUGAGCGUGCGCAGCUGGAUGGACUCACUCCUGGCAUUCUUCCCUGGCCUACAGGUCUUGAGAGGAGAUCUGAAACCUGCUAUUGAGACUCAUGAGAUGCUUUACCAAGUCACUAAACAGCACAAGUUUCUUCCAGAGGCUUUCACUACGGAAUUCAGAGUUCAUUGGGGCCAGCACCUACUGAGACCAGAGUUUGCAGAAAGUACUUACUACCUCUAUAAGGCCACUGGCGACCCCUACUACCUCAGAGUGGGACAGUCCAUUGUAGAAAAACUCAACGCCUAUGCCAGGGUGCCUUGUGGGUUUGCUGCUGUGCAGGAUGUUCGCACUGGAACACACGAAGACAGGAUGGAUUCGUUCUUUCUGGCAGAGAUGUUCAAAUACCUGUACUUGCUGUUUUCUGAGAAGAGUCAGCUACCCAUCAACAUGGAUGACUACAUCUUCACUACAGAGGCUCACCUUCUUCCUGUCUCUCUCUCCACUACUCAGCCGCCCUGUCAAGGCAACAUUACACAGACUAUUACUUUUUCCCAAGAAGAAGAUCUGUUCACACACUCCUGCCCCAGCACAGAGACAUUAUUUCCCAAUAACCCAUCAUUUGCCAAAACCAUCCGCGACAGCUACAAGUACCUCACUGGGGUGGGGCGAGCAUUCCACCCUCUGCCCGUCAGGGAAAUUGAACUACCGUUACAUGAUAAUGGAAUGGAACCAGUGGAGUUCUUAAAAAGUAUGGGCAUUUCACUCACUCCACUAAAUGAAGCAAUAACAGGAGUCACUGGAAGUCAGAAGGAGCGUAAAGGAGUGUACAGGGUAAAACUCGUGGCAGAAGUGAGCCACACAACAGAAGAGGAGGAGGUCAUCCCACAUGUGGUUCAGCUCAUAUCUCCUCCGUUUUUGGGUCGGACAGUCCUUACCGCUGGACCAGCCAAGUUUGGAAUGGACCUCACAAAGCAGGAGCAUGGGGUAAAGGGCAGUAUCGUAAAAGCCUCACCAUACACAGCAUGCGGACCAGUGGAGAAUUCUGCGGAGCUUAAAGGCCAUAUUGCUCUGGCACUACGAGGCGACUGCAUGUUCGCAGUAAAGGCUCGUCGGCUGCAGGAGGCUGAAGCCAUAGGAGUCAUCUUCAUAGACCACCGUGAGGGAAGCAAUAGCGAUGAAACUCCACUCUUCCAGAUGGUGGGAGACGGCGAUUCCACUGAGGAUAUCACCCUACCUUUGGUCUUCCUCUUCAGUCGUGAGGGUGGUGUGCUCACGGCUGCCCUGGAAGAUCAUCACAAUGUGGAUGUGCUGCUGUUGUCUAAAGAGAGACAGCUGGGAAAUGAUAAGUCAGAGAGGCCUGUUGGCAUGAACAUCAAACUCCGUCUGGCAGAAGAAGAGGAGCUAGAUGAGGGAGCAACCAGAGGACCCACGCUGGAGUUAGUCUUGGAAAAAGGAGAGGUGCUCAUUGGGGAAGACGUGGAUGUGGGACAACAGCGAUCUCAGCAGAACAAGAUGUGCACAAAGGCUGCAGAGAAUGUUGAGGCUGAGGCUUCUUCAGAGGAUUCAUCUAAAACCCCACACUCUAACAGCGAAACGGACACAAAACCUUGACCACUGCAGACUUAAAAGACAGACAUCUCUGACCCUUAUCAUUUUCUGAACGGCCUGUACCUCAGAGCUCCUCACUGCCCCACACGGAGCCCAGACUGACCCAGCCUGCAUGCUUACAGCUGAUGGAGGAGAAUCAGGCACCGCCAUGACCACACUCACAUCCUGACCGGACUUUGAAACCUAUAGAUGGUCCUGUAUUUAUUUAACAGGCUGUCAUAUUGGAACACUUUGCUGUGCAGGGGUUAAAUGUUCUCAAAAGGCUAAACUUGGUAGUUAAAACCUAAUAGUGGUAAAUUAAGGUGGAUAAACUAGUGUUACUAACACAUAGUCCGUAGUGUUGCUGUUGUUGCCAUUUAUUUGAAGAUGUGUGGUAAUAAUGACGUAGGUCACGGACUAGAGUGUAAAAUGACCUCACUUUAGAGGAAAAGUGUAGAAAAGGCUACAAAAAUGUACUCAUCUACAUUUUUAUGCAACACAGUUUGCUUUUAAUCUAGAUUGCACCUUUUUUACUACAAGUACUGUUAAUAAUGAGUGGGUGAAUGGAGUCUCUCAUGGCCAGUAGGUGGCAGUAGCUACGACAACAUCUCAGUGAUAUAAUGUUAGUAGGUGAUAAUGACCAACUGGGGCCAAUUUGAUUUAUUUUUUAUUAUUUUGUACUAGAAAGUGACUUCAGGGAAUUUUAGAAUGGAUGAAUUUUGACCAUUUGUUGUUGAAGUGUGUGUGUGUGUGUGUGUGUGUGUGUGUGUAUUUUUCCUCACCUCUGUGUUUAAUAGUGUACUGUAAAAGGAGAGAAAUCUCAAUGAAGACAUCACUGCUAACAGGUGAAAUCAUCCAUGCAAGUUUCCAUAAAAUGAUAAUUCAGUUUAACAUUUGUAUUUAGAGACUUGAACUCUAUGAAUCCUGGAAAAUUCCACUUUUUUAGGCAGUGCGAUUUUCAUUGUUUUUUAGGUAAUUAAUGUAACGUUCUAAAUUUACCAAAGCUACUUUCUUUCUGUUAGUUAAGUGGGGUUUUUUUUCAGAUGCAUAAAGAUCACACAGCUUGGCUCUGUGUGCACAAAUGUAUUGCAAUAAGUUAAUGACAAUGAAGGCUCAGUAAUAGAGAUAAUCUUUUUGUGUGUGUAACAGAUCAGUGUUUACAUGCACAGUGAAAUUUACAGAAAGAUUUAACAGGUGUGUGUUAAACAGUAACCACUUCAAGAGCCAGAUUUGAUUCUGCACAUUUGUCCUGAAGUAUGACUAAUUAUAAAUAGUUGUACUUUUCACAUUUCAAAGAUGCAUCUGAUCCACUGUUUCUCUUUUGUCAAGGGUUUCCUACAGACACAUAUUCACAUCUAAACAGACAGUUUCUUGGCAUUAUUGUUAAUAUUUAUGCACAUAUUCAAAAGGAUUCAUAAGACUUUACCUGAUUAAUAUAUAUUUAUUUGCCAUUAAUUUUUUUAUGUAAUAGGCUGCAUGAUCAUCUUUUGUGGAACAUGGGGUUUGUUUAAGCCAAUCACCUUGAAAUGUUGGCUGUUUAUGUGCCAGAGUAUUUUCUUUUUUGUUCCUUUUCUUAAUGCUGCUGAUUAAUUUAAUCUAAAUCUGAUUUAAUGUUAUUUUGUGUUUAACAUUAGUAUGAGGUGUUGCCAACACAUAUACCUCAGGACUGUGUACAUCGCUGUCCACAGAGAAAAAGUCUGUUGACAAAGUUGUUUUUUUUUCUUGCUUAUUUAAUGUUAACUUCAGCUACUUUGUCACAUUUUUGUUUGUCAGUGGAUGAAGCUCUUAUAGUGCCAAAAGAGAUGCAUGAUGUGGGUCCUGUUUCUUUUUACACCUGCCUGUACUUUGUAUUUAGUUGUGAGCUGAUGCAGGCAUGUCAAUAAAUUUACAUCUCACACAGAA